AUGGGCAAAGUCACCGGCUUCAAGGAAUUCGCGCGUCAGGCAGCGCCCUAUCGCGAUCCCGUCGAGCGGAUUCUGGAUUUUGACGAGAUCUAUACGCCACACGUGGACAGCCGCCUGCAAACGCAGGGGGCGCGCUGCAUGGACUGCGGCGUGCCUUUCUGCCAGUCCGACGACGGCUGCCCGGUCUACAAUCUGAUUCCGGAGUGGAACGACCUCGUCUACCAGGGACGCUGGCGGGCGGCGCUGGACCGUCUGCACAAGACCAACAACUUCCCGGAGUUCACCGGCCGCGUGUGUCCGGCCCCCUGCGAGGGCUCUUGCGUACUCGGCAUCGCGGAUCCGCCCGUCACCAUCAAGAACAUCGAGAUGGCGAUCGCGGACCGCGGCUUCUCCGAGGGAUGGGUGAGGGCCGAACCGCCGCCGGCGCGCACAGGCAAGCGAGUGGCGGUGGUGGGCUCCGGUCCGGCCGGGCUGGCGGCCGCGGCACAGCUCAACUCCGCGGGACACCGGGUCACGGUCUACGAGCGCGCCGACCGCAUCGGCGGCCUGCUGAUGUACGGCAUCCCCAACAUGAAGCUCGACAAGAACAUCGUGGAACGGCGGGUCGGGCUCCUGCGCGAGGAGGGGGUCGAGUUCAUCACCAACACAGCGGUCGCGGAUGGUAGCGACGGAUCGAUUGAUUCGCGCGAACUCCGGGCGCAGUUCGACGCCCUGCUGCUGGCGACCGGCACCACGCAACCGCGCGACCUUCCGGUGGGAGGCCGCGAGCUGACCGGCAUCCACUUCGCCAUGGACUACCUGACCGACAGCAUCCAGGCGGUUCUGGGCGAUCACAGUCCCGCGAUUUCCGCCACCGGCCGCGAUGUCCUCGUCAUCGGCGGGGGUGAUACCGGCACGGACUGCAUCGGCACGUCCCUGCGCCAGUCCUGCCGCAGCCUGGUCAACUUCGAACUUCUGCCGCGCCUGCCGGAGGAGCGCGCUCCCGACAACCCCUGGCCGACCUGGCCGCUGAUCUUCCGGGUCGAGUACGGGCACGAGGAAUCCGCGGCCCGGUUCGGUCACGACCCGCGCGUCUAUGCGAUCUCCGCGGAGGGGUUCUACGCCGGGGCGGACGGCGCGGUGGCGGGGGUGCGCACCGUGGACGUGAUCUUCCGGCGCGGGCGCAUGCACAAGGUGGUCGGAAGCCAGAGGGAGUGGAGCGCGGAUCUGAUUCUUCUGUCGAUGGGGUUUCUGGGCCCCGAACAUGCGAGUUCGGAUCCCCUCGGCAUCGCCUAUGACAGACAGUCCAACUACGCGGCGGAAUUCGGUUCGUAUGCCACGAAUGUAGAAGGGGUAUUCGCAGCGGGAGAUUGCCGGCGCGGCCAGUCGCUGGUGGUGUGGGCCAUUCGCGAAGGUCGCGAGGCGGCGCGCGAAAUCGACCGUUAUCUGAUGGGAGCCACCCGCCUUCCCUGA